UCCGCCGGCAGACAGCACUUCCGGUUGUUUUUUGUGCCAAACAGCCACUACAUAGGAGAAGAAGAGGCCAGAUAAGAACAAAAGGAAAAUGAAUGCUCCUGAUCGUUACGAGCGAUUCGUCGUCCCUGAAGGCGUUAAGAAGGUUUCAUAUGAGCGGGACACAAAGAUCAUCAAUGCUGCUACUUUAACUGUCGAGAGGGAAGACCACACCAUCGGCAAUAUUCUACGCAUGCAAUUGCACAGGGAUGAGAAUGUUCUCUUUUCUGGUUACAAGUUACCUCACCCUCUUCAGUAUAAGAUCAUUCUUAGGAUUCAAACAACUAGCCAGUCUUCGCCAAUGCAGGCUUAUAAUCAGGCUAUUAAUGAUCUUGACAAGGAGCUGGAUCACUUGAAAAACCAAUUUGAAACUGAGCUGGCAAAGCACACACAAGGGUUUUGAUCUGCUCGAACUGCAUUGGCGGUUUAUGAGGAACCGGAGCUUUGAUCAAUCAUUGGAAUGAUCAUUUUGGUCUUCCUAACUGGUCUUAUAGUUUAGUUCUAUGUGAUGAAAUUGUGUUAUGUUUAAACUAUAGCUAGAUGCUAUCUACCUAUACUUCUGAUCCAAUCUGGUAAUGGCAGCGAAACUUUGUAUGUUCGGAUAAAGUUGAUGUGAAGUUGCAUGUUUGUCAAAGACACCUUCAAAUCUCAGUUUAUGUUUAAAAGAACGUUGAGCCA